AUGCGAGGACACGUGCAUUUUCGAGAGAACGUGGACGAUGCCCGAGAGAUCGUCGAGCUGCAUCCGCUGCUGCAAUGGGACAUGACGGCCAUAACGUGGCUGGUGCAGCAGAAAGAGGAACGUCCGUGGCUGCGGACGCUUGUGCACUCGACUACAUCUCGGCGUCGCACACAAGACAUUUCGUUCGUCUUCAUCACGAUGAUCCCGGAGUUCGGCUUCCCGUAUUUCUGGAUCUGUAUCGGGAAUCUGUUGGCUGUGCUGAUUCUUCAGUAUCUGGUUAAGAGUCCUCGACCUAUUGAUCUGAAUCACCCGCUGUGGCAACUACAGGACCGUCGGUGUGUCGAUGAAGACACGGGAGGAUUCCUCUGUGUCGACUGUCACAUGGCUGUGGUGGUCUUGCUACCAGCUAUUCUACACACGCACUCAGCCGUGGUGCAGUUGAUCUUUGCGGCUAUUGUGCUCUACAUCGCGCUCUGCAAGUUGCUUCUGGCGACGCGGUUUAUUUCCCAAGUACUGGGGAGUUGGCUCAUGGGCUUCACCGGUAUCCUCAUCGGUAACCACGGACAUGUCGUGGUCAAGAGCUACAAACUUACGCAUGGAUACAAUACUGCAGCGAUCGUGGCGAUUGUGGUACUGCUCAUGCUUGUGCUCGGCAUGUGGAUCGAGAACAACGACAGCAGCUUGAUGGGCAUUCCGAAGCGAGAUUUCAUGGACGUAUUCACCAACAUCCUCAACUCAGACGCCCCCACUCCAGCGACUACGCCAGCACAAGUCCAUCAACUCCCCACAAGACCCACAAUGCCAACACGUCAGCAAAAUCAGUACGUCAACGAAGAAGACGACCAAGUAGCCGGCAAAAGAGACUCGUUCUAUUUUCUUGUACGCGGAAUGCGUGCAGGGGCGGCAAGAGAGACACUGUGA